AUGAAUCUGUUACUAAUCUGCCAUUUUAUCCGUUUGACUGCUUUUGUUCAUGUAGCUACAACGCCAUCUAGACGCUACGAAAUUGGAUGUGGAGAAUGUCGAGGUGAGCCGAUUCCAGAAUUAGCCAAGUGUGUAAACGGCACCUGCAUAUGUCUACCAGGAUACUUGUUGGAUGAAAGUGGCAAGGUUUGUAGUGAGUGCCAGUCGACCGCCGAUUGCCAUCCAGAAGCCAAAUGCACCAGCAAUCAGGAGUACCAAUACUCUUAUGGCUGCAAAUGUAAAUUAGGCUUCAUUGGAGAUGGUGUGCACAGCUGUACAAGAUCAGAUAUCUUGGAGCCCCCGCCAGUUACAACUACGACCUCCUUACCUGUCAGCAAAGAAGCCUGUGGAGGCCGAUGUCGUGCAAGCAACUCUAAAUGCGAUACGGUUAGCCAACAGUGCCGUUGCCAACGCGGUUACAGCGGUGAUGGUAUUAAUUACUGUGAUUGGAACUGUGAAUUGUGUCUGCCAAAUGCCGAAUGCCAGAGGAAUGAGGAGAAAUGCGUUUGCCGACGUGGAUAUCAAGGCGAUGGUUACACCUACUGCGAUGUGAUAACUACGCCGGGUAAAUUUUUACAAAUGCCUUUUAUAAAAGAAUAUGGUUUUUAG